AGGUAAUAGAGGCUGGCUUGCCGGAAGAGUUGUAGUUAAGCUUGUACAGUUGGAGCUCCAACAUGCAGUCUAACCUUUGCUCACGCUUGCAAGCUUCCACACCAACGAGGAUAGCAGUGAGGCGUCGCGCCAAUGUCAGGACGAAGGCGCUCUUUGGCUUUGGCAAGCCCAAGUCCGAAGUAGAGAGCGAGCGGGAGGAGCAGUGGCGGUUGCAGCAGGAACUGAUUCAAAAACGCAAGAGCGGCCAGCUCAUUAAAGAAGCGAACGAUAGGCGGCGAAAAGUCGCGGAGGAGCUAGCCUCGCGCAAGGAGGUGCGGCGGCGGGAGAAGGAGGCGCUGGCACGGGGGGAGAUGCCAGACACGUUGCAGGGGUGGAAGCCGUACGAUAACGAGGUGGACGAGAAGGCCAACAGCGGCAUCGUGGUGCCGCUGCUGCCCUUUGGAAUCAAGAAGUACGAUGAGGGUGAGCGGUUCGACCUGCGCAGCCCCUACAGCGACGCGGGCUGGGUGGACCCGGAGGAGCAGGACGCGUGGGCGGGGCUCAAGAAGAUCGGAUCCAAGAUCUUCAACUUCAGCGGCAAGAGCGAGCCAACCGAGCUGAAACCCAUCAUGUGGGCCACCCCCUUCACCAAGCGGCGUGGCGAGCAGGAGGACGAGGACCAGCCGGCGGCACCGCAGCCCCAGAAGAAGAAGCCGCAACAGCCGCCGUCUCGGGCGUCGCAGCAGCCGCAGCAGCAGCCACGCUUUGGGUUCAAGGGCAACAAGUAAGGCCCUUCCUGCCUAGCCAGCUAGCGCCCGUAAUGGCACAGAGGCAGCAGCACCCGGCCCAGCAGCUCCCUUUUAGUUUCCGGGCCACUCGACCCAAUCAAUUGGUACACAAGCCAGGAACGCGUAUGGCCCUGCUUCAGGCGGUGUGCUUGGUGUCGUUAAGGUGGUGGUGGUGGUCGCUUGGAGAGCCGGCAGUGCCACCACCAGCAGCAGCAGCAGCAGCGGCCCUCUUGCGUCUGCCGUACAUCCGUCCCAGCGCUGCCGCCACCCCCAUAUGGGCGGCACAGAGGGUGAGGCCCACCGCUGCGACCAGGGAGGGACCGCCGGAGAGCUGCACGCCUGUUGCGGGGGAAGAGGGGGAGGAGAACCGUGCGUUGAAUGGCAGUGGAGGAGGAGGGUAAGGAGGAAGACCCAGGGGCCGAGCUCAGCAGGGUAGGUUGUGAUGCAUUUCUGCAUAUUGCGGUGACGAGAGAUGUAGGGAGGGAAGGCGCGUGGAGCGUUACGCUGCUCGGAUGGAAGAAAACGGUAUCGAGGGAAGUGUGAUUACUGGAAGCGUGAAGAAUGUACGAUAGCAUAAGCUGUACCCUGUACGAUAAGUUGAGCCUAAAAGAUGUUGCGAGUGUCGUUAGGGUUUUACCUAAUCCCCUUGUGUGAGUUAUGUAGCACGGACGAGUGUACAAGGUUGCAGUUUUCUGCGGUUUCCUUGCUGCCUUGGCUGCACUGUGAUGUUGUUUGAUAUGUUUUGAUUGAGGAGUUGCUCGAAUGUUUAAAUUAUUUUGUUGGUGGUAGCCGGUGGGUCCGGAGGGAUUGUUGCCAAGUUGUAAAAGCACUGGAGGCCUGGUGGUCAGUCUGCGAGUUGCGUGGAGAGCGAGUCUAGGGAGGCGGGAUGAGGGAGUCACGAACAUUCGCUAGGCGUUAGGAUGAGGUAACGUGACGAAGGGAGGAGAAAUGCGGUUGCGUAGUGUACACCUCUGGGGCAGAGGCGCUUGUUUCGAGGUUGGAACAAUCCAAUCAUCUAAUCGGCGCUAAACACAAGGGGUUGUCCCCGGUGCAACGUGUAAGAACGGUACCCAC